GCGCAGUAAAAUCUCCCACACAACACAGAUCCCGACACCGAAGUAGGCUACUGUAAAGUUGUGGCUUAGAAGGGCUCUUUUUUCCUUUUUUCCCACUUUUAACAGCCAUUUGUCAUACAUGCAUUUUGGAGGUUUGUCCUUUUCGCUUGUUACCUGAACACUGAGGAACUUGGUCCACGCUUGUGUCAAAUCGUUGGGGAAGUAUGUAAACACUCCGCGCACUUCCACAGGUGGACGCACGUGUCCAAGAUUGAUCAGCACCCAUCGAUUUGACAUUUUGUCGGGGACAUGAUGAUUCCACCAACAACUACCACCAUGCAGGACGACAGCAGUGGCAAAGAAAACAAGCGUGAAAGCGACCUGCCACAGUCACCAACGUCUAGUAAUCCGGAAUCUAAGCUCCAGAAGCUGAAGCGCUCGCUCUCCUUCAAGACCAAGAGCAUGCGCAGCAAGAGCGCCGACAACUUCUUCCAGCAGCGCUCCACCAGCGGCAGCGGCGACCUCUGCUCCGAUGUCAGCAGCAGCACGGGCCAGCUCAGCACCAUCGGCAUCAUCCCCCCACCCCCCUGCGCCGCCCCUGCUGCCCUCGGCCCCGCCGUGCCACCCGGGUGCCCGCCCAUGAUGCCCGGCUUCCUGCCCUGCCCAGCCCCCAUCACCAUCUGCCCCCCCAUCUUCACCGCCCAGGCGCCCCUGGUGGACCCCACCGGCCACGUUUUCAUCGAGCACAUCUUCAAGAAGCCCCUAUUCUGCGACGUUUGUAACCAUAUGAUCGUUGGUAAGAGAGGCACCACUGCCAAGUAUGGCCUACGCUGCAAAGCCUGCAAGAUGAGCAUCCACCAUAAGUGUGUUCACGGCGUUGGACAGCAGAGCAGGUGCAUGGGCAAGCUGCCAAAAGGCUUUCGGCGUUACUACAGUUCUCCUCUUCUGAGUCAGGAGCAGUUCGGCUGCAUCAAAGAGGUCAUGCCCAUCGCCUGUGGUAGUAAGGUGGACCCUGUGUAUGAGGCGCUCCGCUUCGGGACGUCCCUCGCCCAGAGAGCCAAGAGGCCCAGCGGCUCAGAGUCCCCACCCAGACACGAGAGCAGUGGAGACUUGGCGCAGGUAAAAGAGGAGGCAGCGGGGCGAAGCAGAGCAGAGCUCACCAGGAAACACAGUGACAAUGUGUUCACAGCGCUGGAGAACGGAACGGAGUCUUUCCACGCGGCUGAGCGGAAGAGUGACAGCUCACCGGUGAGGUCGGGCCAGAGUAAGGACCUGCUGCAACUCAACACCUACGUGGCCUUGUACAGAUUCGUUCCCCAAGAUGCCGACGACCUGGACCUCAGGCCUGGGGACAGGAUUGUGCUGUCAGACGACUCCAACGACGAUUGGUGGAAGGGUGUGAUUGAAGACCGGAUAGGAUACUUCCCAGCGUCCUUUGCGCAGCAGGUGAGGGCAGGGGAUCAAGUGUUCAGGUGUACGCGCACGUUCAUCGGCUGCAAAGAACAAGGACAGAUCACUCUCAAGGAGGGACAGGUGUGUGUGAGCAGUGAAGACGAGCAAAGCGGCUUCAUCCGCGUCAUCAGUGGGAAGAAACAAGGCUUCGUGCCCUGCGAUGUCCUGGAGGACAUAUGAAAGACAUCUGAGACAACAAGGACAUAGACUGAGAUAGGCUGAGGAAACAGGUAGAAGACAGUGACCGACAUGAGCUAGAAUGAGAAAAAGAGAAAGAGGCAGAGAGAUUUCUCGGUUCUCAGGCUUUAAUGGUGUGGCUUCAUGAAGCAGAUCUUCUUCAGUGUCUUAACUUCCACAGUAAAGUGUGUCUGCUAGUCCGUUAUGAGCAGGGCUCUAAAUUAAAUUAACACUAGCCAAUUAGCCAAAUGCUGGUGAAAUGUAAGUUUGGCUGAUCAACAUACUAGCCACUUUGACCCAUUAGUGAGUGUGUUUUUGGCUAGUAAGAUUGUCAUCUACUAGGCGUUUUGGCUGGUGACCAAAAAAAAGUUAAUUUAGAGACCUGGUUAUGAGGCCCUGGUUUUA